AUGGGGCCAAACACCAAGAAAGACAGCUUCAAUGAUGACGAGAAUGCUAUACUUCACCGUCCGACACCAAUGAAACGAGUGGCGAACGUAGGGCAUUACUUCAACAAAGUCGUGCGACGUCCACUGGCGGAGAAACCACUUGCUGGGAAGCGGCUUCGAGACGACGCAGUUGACUUCAGAGCAGUACCAACAACAAUCAAGCGUCAGAAGAACGUCGAGGAAGGACGCACCGUCAAAGAGCCCAUCGAGGUUGAAGAGGAAGCAGGCAUCCCUCCACUUGCGCCACACAGCACGCAAACUGCAGGCGUUCCUGGCUCGGCUCCAGGCGAAGGAGCUAUCGAGAUAAUGGAUUUCGAAACAGAAGAUUUCAUGACCGAUGCGCAACUACGCAGUCAUCUUCGCAAAUUGAGCCUCGAACAAACGAAGAAGGAUGCAUUGAAGCUGAAAGAACGUACAUCCAUGGCUCUGUACCAGAGUCACAAUCCACCAUUCCGCUGUGCGUCCGGCCAGAGCGUUGAACUCGCAGACGGGUCGUUCCUUCGUAUCAUGGAGGUACUGAGAGACGGCCACGGAAAGGUGUUUCUCACAGGACAGAAGUUCGUUAGACAGAGCUCGGUGGGCUCAUGGAUGCGCAAAAAUCGCAAUGAGCUCGUGCUCAUACGAAAGAUUCCCCUGACAACAGGAGAGUUAGACCCAUGGAAGUUCGUGGAUGAAGUCACGAUCGGCGAAGUUCGACGAAAUCGCAAGAUCAUCCUCACCAAUCAAUCGUUUCCGAGUAUCAGCAUACGCGAGGACGCUAAAGCAUUCGCUACGGCGCAAGAGGACAUCGAGCUUGGCCCGCUCUUCUGUCGUUGGGCUUACACAACAUAUGUCAACGAGCGCAGACAAUCUGUUGAGUAUAUCCUUGAACGACUUAACCAUGAUAACGCGGACAACACUGUCCGGCCAACCUCCAACAGUGCCACUGCAAAACCAACACGCGUUCGUCACAGUGAAAUCCGCGCCGCAUGGCGGAAUUGCGACACAAGUAUGGGUGGCAGCCAUUAUGAAGUUCAACACUCGACAAAUUUCGAUGGCUCGGCACAGUCGUCUCGUGUUCAGACAUACACGUUUGGAGAUGCAUUCUGCGGUGCUGGUGGCACAUCAAGAGGUGCCGUUGAUGCCGGACUAAAGCCUCUGUGGGGCUUCGAUCUCUGCCCGUCAGCGAUGCAAUCCUACCGCCGCAAUUUUGGCCAUCACGGUGUCGACUGUCGUGGCGAGUCUGUUCAAGAGUUCAUUUCUAAUCAUCUCCUCAGACUUGUUGAGUUCGAUGGCGUGCAGGUUGACAUCCUACAUAUCAGUCCUCCCUGCCAGCCAUUCUCACCUGCGCAUACGAUUCCAUCCUUUGAGCGUGACGAAGCAAAUCAAGCUGCCUUGCCAUCUAUUUGGCAUCUGGUCGAGCUAUUGAAGCCGAGGGUUGUCACUAUCGAGGAGACCGAGGGCCUGUACUCCAGACACAAAGAGUGGCUUCAUCUAAUUAUCAAUACCUUUGCCUGUCAUGGUUAUAGCGUACGCUGGAAGCUCCUACAUUGCCAGCACUAUGGUGUGCCCCAGAACCGAAAGCGUCUCCUCAUUAUAGCAGCUGGUCCGGGAGAAACUCUGCCUCCGUUCCCAGAGCCUACACACGGUGUCGAAGGUACACGUCUCAAGCCGCUGGCGACCAUCAACAGCACCAUUGGCAACAUCCCAGCUAACGCUGAAGACCACGACGUGGACGUGAAGUUCGCUACGAACGAGCCUAAAGCUCCGUUCGAUGGCAAUACGCACGCCAGAUGUGUCACAACGAAUGCUGGUCAAUACAACUAUCAUCCCUCUGGUAAACGUCCCUACACGAUUCGAGAACUGGCUCGACUCCAGACCUUCCCGUUGUACCACUCCUUUGCGGGUGCAAAGGGCAUUACGGAGAAGAAGCGUCAGGUCGGUAAUGCCGUACCACCCAUCCUGGCCAAGGUCGUGUUCAAAUCGAUCGUUAAAUCGUUGAAGGAUAGCGAUGCAAAGGAGGCGAAUGAACGACAAGUUUGA